GGACGUUGGAUUUGGACUAUAAGGAAUUCAUACGAGGCCUGGAUGCCUGACACAGCUGGAUAGAUGGUAAUGCUGAGCUGGCAGAUUCGUCUCUGCUGGCGGAUACCUUCUGCGCGCUUCUUUUUCUUCCUCACGGCUGCGGUGGAAAUCCUACAGUUCAGCAAAGAAGAUUCUGUCGACUGUGAAGACGACGCUGAUGAUACCACUAUCGAGGAAACAUAUCAUGAGAUCACGAGUGAACAAAAUAAUCAUCUCGCCUUACCUCAUCGCUCAUCCUCGUCCAAGAAUAACCCGGGAAGGGCCCUGUUCCUCAUCAUCUCCCGCUACCGGAAUCUCCGGAGGUCAGUUCCGUCGGGACACCACAUGCGCCUCUGACCCAACCAUUCUGCCCCUCUCCCGCUCGCGGUCGAGCGCGCAGGCCCGCGAAGACAACAUCACAUCCCAUCGCACCCGCGGAAGCCGGUACCCCAAGAUCCGCCGCACAGGGCGAAAACAAAACUCGAAAGUCGGGUCGAAAUCUUAUUUCGCUCUCCCCUCGCAGCCGGGAAGGAUCAGACCUGCGAGCCCCUCUUUGGCUCCCUCUCUCUCUACCUUCCUUUCUUCCUCCCUGAUGUGUGCCUGUCCCGUCCGCCUUGCUUUCGUGUGCUCCGAUCUCCGAAUCGUCGGCGGGCCGCCGCGCGGGAUGGGGCUGUACCAUGGAGCAUUUGCAGUCUGUGUAGGGCAGAUGAUCAUGGUUGUUAUUUUCGGCGUGCGUUUCGUUCUUUCUUGAAGGAUUUCUGUGUGGUGUGUCUUUUUUGGGAGACGGCGCUGUCAUAACACUCGUUCGGCGGCGCGCCGCGAGAGAGAAGAUGGGGCGCGAUUUCUCCUCUGGGGAUUUUCCUCUUCCUUUGUUCCU